AUGACGUCGCCAUUUGAUUACAGUGUCUCAUCUUUUGUUGUAAGCAAUAUAAACGACACCGAAGACUCUGAAAUCGAUUUUGGAGAUGAAAAUAAUUCCAAUAUUCAGGAGGAGUCUGAAAUCUCGUUUCCUACAGAUGUGGACAACAAUACCAACGAGAGUGAUUUCGAUAGCCCAGAGGCUGAUUUAGUCGAUUUGGAUGACUUUUCAUUUCUCUAUGAUAAUUCGGAAGGAAAUACCGAGUCAGAAGACUUGGUUCAAGUAGAAUCUGAUUCUGAUGAUGAAGAUUUCAUUGAAGAAGAAAGCGUUAAAUUAGAUAACGAUAAUAAACAGUCAGACGAUGAGGUAGUUGAUUUUUAUCACAAAUGUCCUAUCUGCUUAUCUGCAUGGACCAACGUUGGAAGUCACAGAUUAUGCUCCCUCCGAUGUGGUCACCUGUUUGGAUAUAGUUGUAUUAAACAUUGGUUGAAUUCUAGCAAUGAAUCUGCAAAAAAAUGUCCUCAAUGUAACGCCAGGGCGUCUCAAAAACACAUUCGGUACAUCUAUGCAAAUAAACUAACAAGCAUUGAUAAUUCUGAACUAGAAUCAAUUAAAAAACAGAUUGAUGAGACAAAAUUAAAAAUAUCAAAGGUAACAAGAGCCUUACGCAAAGAAAAGAGAAGAGCCAAAAAAUAUAAAAGACUG